GGGGAUGGGGCCUGGUUGCCCUGCGGCGGCGGGCGGGGAGAGGCGGCUGCGGCCCUGUCUGCCGGUGGCAGAGAGGGAGGGCGAGGGGCUGCGCGUCCGCCAUGGACAGGUUCGCGUGGACUAGCGGAUUGCUGGAGCUGGGGGAGACACUGGUGGUGCAGCAGCGUGGCGUGCGCCUCUACGACGGGGAGGAGAAGGUGAAAUUUGACAGUGGAGUGUUACUGCUUAGCACACACAGGCUGAUCUGGAGGGAUCAGAGGAAUCAUGAGUGCUGUAUUGCUAUACCUCUGUCCCAGGUCAUCUUUAUUGAAGAGCAAGCAGCUGGCAUAGGAAAAAGUGCCAAAAUAGUAGUUCAUCUCCAUCCUGCUCCUUCAAGCAAAGAGCCUGGGCCAUUCCAGAGCAGCAAAUAUUCCUACAUCAAACUGUCUUUCAAAGAGCAUGGCCAGAUUGAGUUCUAUAGACGGCUGUCGGAGGAAAUGACCCAGAGGCGGUGGGAGAGCAUGCCUGCUGGCCACACCAUUCAGGUUACCAAGGAGCCACAGGCAGGAAGAAUAAGGGCAGUGGGAAUUGUGGGAAUCGAAAGGAAAUUAGAGGAGAAAAGAAAAGAGACUGACAAAAACAUUUCUGAGGCUUUUGAAGAUCUGAGCAAACUGAUGGAGAAGGCUAAGGAAAUGGUGGAAUUAUCCAAGUCAAUAGCCAAUAAAAUUAAAGAGAAACAAGGUGACAUCACUGAAGAUGAGACUAUCAGAUUCAAGUCCUAUCUACUGAGUAUGGGUAUAGCUAACCCAGUUACAAGGGAAACAUAUGGAUCUGGCACCCAGUACCACAUGCAGCUGGCAAAGCAACUAGCUGGGAUACUGCAGACACCAUUAGAGGAGCGAGGAGGGAUCAUGUCUCUGACAGAAGUGUACUGCCUGGUGAACCGUGCACGAGGACUGGAGUUGCUGUCACCAGAAGAUUUAGUAAAUGCCUGCAGGAUGCUGGAGUCUCUGAAGUUACCCUUGAGGCUUCGGAUAUUUGACAGUGGUGUGAUGGUGAUUGAGCUCCAGUCUCAUAAUGAAGAGGAAAUGGUAGCUUCUGCCUUAGAGACAGUGUCUGAGAAGGGCUCUCUCACAGCCGAUGAGUUUGCCAAGCUGGUGGGGAUGUCUGUUCUCUUAGCCAAAGAAAGGCUGCUCCUUGCUGAGAAGAUGGGCCAUCUCUGCAGGGAUGAUUCAGUGGAGGGCUUGAGAUUCUACCCAAAUUUAUUCCUGACACAAAGCUAAUGUGGUUUGUGUACAGUUUGUUCUGGAACAAGAGAGCAGAGGGCAUAACCCUUCCAACAAAACUGACUUUAACAUUUUUAUUUGUGUUAGUCAGCUGCAGCAGGUGAACAUUGUAAUACUUCACAGUUCUCAGGUAUCUCAAGUGCUGAAUCCCCCUGUGGGGAGCUGCAAGGACGCAGGAGUCGCUGAGUCAGAAGCCUGUUGUCUCAUACCAGCUCCUCGUGUUUCAAGUCUUAUUUGAUGUGCUCUGUAGUUCCUCAUUGCAAGAGAAGUCAGGUGAAGAUUCCACCCAGUGAAAGUGGAGAGAAUAUCCCUGGAGUCUGCCAGGAGGGUCAGCACCCAGAAGGCAGGUUACUGCAUACUCCAGUCUCAGGUUGUGUACAUCCAGAGCAACAGAGCAGACAGAUGCAUCCACAGUGAUACGGAGCCCCUGCUGUGUCCUGAGGUACGAGGAACAAAUGCAGGUAGAAGAAGCCCUUCUCCUUGG